UAGCAUUGUACUUUGUAGGGGUCCAGUGCAUGCAGGCAGUGCAGUGGUCGACUACUUGUGCGAGAGAAAGCGAAGCUGUUUUUGGAAAGGCUGCACUGCAUGACCUCCGCAUUUUGAACUUGAAGUUGAUUGGACGUCAGCGGGCGACCUGUUCCCUAUUCUCAGACCAGGACUCGUGCUGCCGUAGCGCUGCUGCAUGUGCCACUGGGGCCCGGAUCAGCUCAGCGCGUGAUCUUCAGUGUUUGUUGAAGUUAGUUCGUGUUUCGCCGACUCGCCGCCACCACUAGCACUAUGUCGAAUCUCCAGUCGGUUGUCGGGUUUGCUGAGCUGGCCAAACAAAUGCAGAAGCGCUCCGCCAAGAAAGGCUUCGACUUCACCCUGAUGGUAGUGGGUGAGUCGGGGCUCGGCAAGUCAACAAUGAUCAACAGCCUCUUCCUCAGAGAACUGUAUGGUGACCGGGAGAUUCCUAAAGCUGCCGAGCGUAUUGAGAAGACAGUGGAGAUUAGCACGUCAACACUGGACAUAGAGGAGAAUGGUGUUCGUCUGCGUCUCACCAUCGUCGACACACCGGGAUUCGGGGAUUCAGUCAACAAUGAUGAAUGCUGGCAGCCCAUCAUUGACUACGUGGAUAGGCAGUACGAGGGGUAUCUGCGUGAUGAGUCCGGUCUCAAUCGGCGUAACAUUGUCGACAAUCGCAUCCACUGCUGCCUCUUCUUCAUAUCACCCAGCGGCCAUGGGCUGCGUCCUCUAGACAUUGCGGUGAUGAAGAAACUAGACAGCAAGGUCAACGUCAUACCAGUGAUCGGUAAAGCUGACAUGCUAACCAAACAGGAACUACAGAGACUCAAGAAAAAAAUUCUGUUGGAGAUCCGGGAGAAUGGCAUUCACAUCUACCAAGGAGGAGAAACAGACGAGGAAGAGAACCAAGAGCUAAAGUCGUGUAUGCCGUUCGGUGUGGUCAGCUCCAACCAGGUACUGGAAGUCGGUGGUAAGAAGGUGCGAGGUCGUCUUUACCCGUGGGGCGUUGUGGAAGUUGAAAACCCGAAGCACAGUGAGUUUCCGCAGUUGCGCAACAUCUUGAUGAGAACGCACAUGCAAGACUUGAAGGAGGUGACCGUUGGUAUACAUUACGAGAACUACCGCUCGGGACGAUUAGCCAAGUCGGGGAGGCCAUUCGGUGAUACACAGGCUGCGCCGGCUACUGAACAAGGCGACGUGGCAAGCAAACUGGUGGAAAAGGAACAAGAGCUGGAGCGAAUGCGCAUCAUGAUGGAUAUGAUGCGACAGCAGAUGCAGCAGCAAGGAGGUGGCGGAGCCAAUGUGUGAACACAUCGCGGAAUUUAGACCUGUCUGCCUUCGUUCUACUUGUUCCGGUUACGCAUUGGAUGGUGAUGCAUGGCGUGAUGUCGACGAUGAGGCCCAUCCAGCCUCGGCUGUUGUCGUCACAGCCCUGCAGGAUACGAGUCCUUUGCUUCUUGCCGUGCAGUUCUGUGUGUGUGUGUGUGUGUGUGUGUGUGUGUGUGUCCGUACGUACAUAACAUGGAGAACGAAACGUCCCAACACAUCUGCUCUAUCUGCCCUCACACCCAGCACACAAUGAAUGUUUCUUUUUCAUUAGGUAGCAUUAUCGGUUCUAUUACCCCUAUACUACUGUAGCAAUCAGCAUGCCUAGGCUAUUGUCAUGUUUAGGUUUCAGGUAGGCUAUUGCCAUGUUUAGGUGUCAGGUAGGGUAUUGUCAUGUUUAGGUUUCAGUUAGGCUAUUGUCAUGUUUAGGUUUCCACAGAUGUUCACGUUUCAGUGGUAUUAUAAUCUGUUUUUCAAAGCCCAGUGUAGACAACUGUCGAAUACAUAAUAUAGGGUUACAACUAGCACACAUAAUUAUAAUCCUUUACAAAUGGUGAUGUCACAGUGACAAAUGGUGAUGUCACCGUGAUCGACCUGUGAGGCUGUGACAGGUAAUUAUGAUACUGUAGCGGAUACAACUCUUUCCGUGUAAGGCCA